ACCCACCGUUGGGCUAUUCACUCGAAGUUCCAAGUAUCUGGCGAGCGCGGAUUUUAUAGAAACAGGCACUUGAGCAGCUUCUUUCCCAAACAAUUUAGCUGAGGGCAAGGCAUAAUGGUGUCCCUUCCCGACGCAAACCGACCUUUGUCACGACGCCGUUCACAUCACUCAAUUGACAUUGCCCCCCUAAGCCCGGAUUCUACAGCCAACCCAAGUACAGCCCUUGAUCCUAGGCCUCCAGCGGUUCCAGUUCUUGAGCGGUUUCUAGGUUCCAAGUUUAAGACUUCCUAUUUUUCGUUAUACCGACCUCUCAACACAUGGCGUCAACGAACCAUCCUCGCAUUAGCAAUCAUAUUAUCCUUAGCAGCGGGAGCUCCGCUACCGAUUAUUGGUGUCAUCUUUGGAAAGAUUAUAAACAAUUUCCCGCCGACCGAAGAUGAAUUGCGGACCCGAAUCGGGGAGCUGCUAGGAGUUGCUAUUGCGUACUUCUUCACCACUUGGGGGUGGGCGAUUUGUUGGGGUAUUGUUGGAGAAAGGGUUUCACGAGGUCUGAGGGAGGAUUUACUGAAAAAAGCAGUGGGAAUGGACAUUGCAUACUUUGAGAUCGAGUGCCCAGAUGUAUGUUCCCCGAUAAGGUUUCCCGCACUACUAUCAUUGCUGAUCUUAUCAGAUCGCAAACCGAUUAACAGCAGACACUCAAACAAUCCAGUUAGGCACCUCCGAAAAAGCCGGCCUGUUUCUUCAAUCUAUAGCUUAUUUCAUCGCUGCAUUCACUGCUGGGUUCGUCCUGAAUGCCCGCCUAACUGGAAUACUAUUUGCCGCAGUGGUCCCUGCUAUGUUUGUUGUCAUUACCUUUGGCUCUAAAGUAGUCUCCAAGUAUGCCGUAGAGGCAACCGAAUAUUCAGAAAAGGCAACAUCCGUAGCGGAAGGUGCCAUAACAGCAGUGCAGGUGGUUCAAGCAUUCGAUGCGCUGGAUAAACUGGCCGGUGAGCAGCUGAGGUUUAUGCGGCCUGCCAUCGUGAAAGGAGCCAAAAAGGCCUUUGCGGGAGCACUAAUGUUGGGGCUUGUUUAUUUCGUUGCGUAUGUUAACCAAACCCUAACCCCGAGAAACCCCCGAUCUGAUAACUGAAGAUAGCUAUUCAGCCAAUGCUCUUGCUUUCUGGCAGGGCUCUCAGCAAAUCGCCGAGGGCUUGUUCAGAAAGAAUGAAGGUGCGGGAACUGUGUAUACUGUAGUAUUCCUAAUCCUUGAUGCAUCAUUCGUUAUUGGCUCCUUCGGCCCUUUCCUGCAGACCUUCGCGCUAGCCGCUGCAGCUGGUGAGAAGAUCAUCUCAAUGCUUGACCGCCCUGACCCAGUCAUCAACGUGUACUCAACCCAGGGGCUAUGUAUGCCCGAGCCCGUGGAGCGAAACGAUAUUGUUCUCGACAAUGUCACUUUCAUAUACCCGACUCGUGCUACCGUCAAGGUCGUUGAGAACAUCAAUCUCACAUUUGAAGCUGGCAAGGUCACAGCGAUUGUGGGGCCUUCAGGGAGUGGGAAAAGCACUAUUGCCGCGAUGCUAAUGCGCUUCUAUGACCCCGCUUCCGGGAGGGUUAAGCUUGGCGACCAUGAUUUGCGAGAGCUCAACAUCCGAGACUAUCGGAGACACGUUUCCUUAGUGGAUCAGGAACCUGUGCUAUUUUCAGGAACCAUAAUGGAAAAUAUCCGCCACGGUUUAUUGCACAAGGAGGGGUUGAGCGAGAGCGAAGCAAUUGAGUUAUGCUAUCAAGCCGCCAGAGCCGCCAACGCCUACGAUUUUAUCGCGAGUCUUCCGGAUGGUUUCAACACCAAGCUCGGUGGAGCUAGUGCCACACAGUUAUCCGGCGGCCAAAGGCAACGGAUAUCAAUAGCCAGAGCGCUCGUCAGUGAUCCAAGCAUCUUGUUACUAGACGAACCCACGAGUGCACUGGAUUCCCAGAGCGAAGCAUCCGUUCUCGACGCUCUUGAUGAAGCUAAGAACAAGAAGGGUAGAACGACGAUCAUGAUUGCCCAUCGGUUAGCUACCGUGCGCCGUGCAGACAAGAUUGUCGUCAUACAAAAUGGCCAGGUGGUUGAAGAAGGCACUCACGAAGGUUUACUCGAGGUUCGUGGUGCCUAUCGUGCACUAGUCAAGUCACAAAGGCUGUUGGGAGCAAAUUCUAGCGCAAGCAGUCUUUCCUCUGGCAAGACAAAGGUUGACGAUGACGCCAGACCCAUAGAGAGAGUGGACGAAAAAAACGAGGAACAGGGGCAAUGGCUCGAGACUUUAUCAAUGGAAGAGUCCCAGACUCUAUCCUCCAGCGCUCUCAUUCGGCGGUGCUUAUCCCUCAGCAAACCAGAUGCUCCGAUCAUUGUCAUUGGGCUUGUAGCCUCCGUGAUCACCGGGGGCAUUAUCUUGGGCGAAGCAAUCAUCUUUGGGAAUCUAAUUUCAACACUUAACAACCAGAGAAGCUCCGCUGAGCUCAAAAGCCGCGCCAACUCUCUCUCCUUAAUCUUUUUCGUCCUCGCAUUAAUUGCAUUGGCCGCUUACACCGCGAGCGGGUCGGCCUUUGGUAUCGUCUCCGAGAGGCUUAUCAGACGUAUUCGGGAUAUUUCGUUGAAGAAUAUCUUACGGCAAGAUAUGGCAUGGUUCCAGGAACCCUCUCACUCACCAGCAGCAUUAGUGUCUACGCUCAAUAUGGAUACCGGCCACCUCAGUGGUCUAUCUGGUGUUAUUCUUGGGACAAUCUUUUCAGUCACGACAUCAAUGGUUGGCGGAGUUAUCUUGGCCCAUGUCGUUGCCUGGAAGAUAGCAAUCGUCCUCCUUACAGCUGUCCCGAUAAUGUUGGUUUCUGGCUUCCUUAGAUUGCGUGUUCUAGCAAAGUUUCAACAAAGACAUGAAACAGCCUACGUUGAAGCUGCAGCGUUGGCGGCUGAGGCGUGCACAGCUAUCAAAACAGUCGCAGCUCUUGGAAGAGAGAACGAUGUCACCCGACUCUACAGUGAGGCCGUAGAUAAGCCAUACCGUGAAAGUCUACGCUUCAUUGUGACAGGAAAUUUCUGGCUGGCCUUCGCAUUGGCGAUCACAUACUUUGUUUAUGCUCUUGCAUACUAUUGGGGCUCCCGAAAAGUCAGGGAUGGCAACUACACCCAAGUGGACUUCUUCAUCGUUCUGCCAGCUCUCCUGUUUUCUGCACAGGCCUCGGGGCAAAUGUUCUCACUAGCGCCGGAGGUAACCCGGGCAAGGAGUGCUGCCUUAAGCGUUUUCAGGAUUCACGACCAGAAACCUACCAUAGACACCGAUUUACAGCCACCCUUCCGCGAGAGGUCAGUCACGGGUGGCCUGAGAGCAUGCAAUGGAAGCAAGGUUGAGUUCCGAGGUGUUCAAUUCAGAUACGCCGCUCGUCCGGAUGUUCCUGCGCUGGAUGGCAUAUCUUGCAUUAUCCGACCAGGCCAGUUUGUUGCCUUUGUGGGGUAUUCUGGCGCUGGAAAGUCGAGUGCCGUCGCCCUACUGGAGCGCUUCUACGACGUCAGUUCUGGGAGCAUUCUCGUCGAUGAUGUGGAUAUUAGGGCUAUUCCAGUGCGUGACCACAGGAGCCGAAUAUCCCUGGUCUCCCAAGAGCCUUGCCUGUUUCCCGGCAGCAUCCAUUUCAACGUCAGUCUUGGAGCAGGUCCCGGCAAAGAGGUUUCCAGAGAAGACGUUGAGAGGGCUUGUAAGAUGUGUGGGCUACACGAUUUUAUCAUGAGCCUCCCUGAAGGAUACGAAACGUGAAUAUACCCCGCACCCCUCAUCCCCAAUUUGCUCGCCAUUAACGGCUUCCUAGUGAUUGUGGCUCCAACGGUUCUCAACUCUCCGGAGGGCAGAAGCAGCGUGUUUCGCUCGCCAGAGCACUCAUGCGCGAUCCGGCCAUCCUCCUACUUGACGAGGCUACCUCAGCCCUCGACUCACUCUCAGAGAGGCUCAUCCAGGAAGCCGUGGCAUCAGCGAGCCGAGGCAGAACCUGUAUCGCAGUUGCGCACCGCCUGGCCAGUAUCCAGAUGGCAGACUGCAUCUACGUCUUUGAGAAAGGAAAGAUCGUUGAGCAAGGCAGGCACGACGAGCUGGUCGCCAAAGAUGGGAUUUACGCUGCCAUGUCCAGACAGCAGAGCCUGGAGUGAGACUGGGAAUAAAAAUAAAAAUAUCUUCGAUUGACAGUUAAUACCCGCCCAGCCCGCCCCGGAAUAAAAGAAAAAGGUUAACUGAGGUAUCAUAGUUUAGAAUUUAUGAAAAAACGUUUGUAGUGAAUAUAACGAAUAUUUAUUU